UUACCAGAUUUCUAAUUACAUUCUUACGCAGAAAAUUUCACUAUUGUAAUUUAUUUUACUACCGCAUAUAGACUCACCCUCUUUACUCUUUAACAAAGACGAUUAUUUCGGUCCGGACACCUGGGCAUGGUUCUUGGUCUGAUCGGAUCGGAUACACAAUUUCAAUUUCAGAAUUGACUAUUCUAUACUUCUUGUCAUCAAAUUAAUUUCUGAAUUAUGACCAUCUAUACCAAGAUAAUGCAUUGGACGUAUUCUCUUAAUUAUCUGCACAUCGAGCUAGUAUUUUAGGAGAUUAGUUGUAGAGUGGUAGUUCAUAGCCAACAGAGGAAAUGGCAGGAUCCAACGGAGAACGGAAGGCGCAUUUUGUUCUAGUACACGGCGCGGGUCAUGGGGCUUGGUGCUGGUACAAGAUCAAACCCAAGCUCGAGUCCGGUGGUCACAGGGUCACGGUGCUUAACCUCGCAGCAUCGGGCAUCAACAUGAAGGCCAUACAAGAUGUUCACUCACUUACUGAGUACGCUGAGCCCUUGUUAGAGUUAAUAGAAUCGCUCGCUCCAAACGAAAAGGUGAUACUCGUAGGACAUAGUCUUGGAGGCAUGAACUUGUCCCUUGCCAUGGAAAAGUUCCCACGGAAAAUCUCUGCUGCUGUUUUCUUGACUGCGUUUCUGCCCGACACAACUCACCAGCCGUCUUAUAUUAUGGAUCAGUUCAUGGAAAAGAAACCGGCAGACUCAUGGUUGGAUACUCGGUUUGAGAAAUUUGGAAGCCCCGAACAACCCUUGACAUCGAUUUUCUUUGGUCCCAAGUACCUACAAGAGGUUCUCUACCAACUUAGCCCGAUCGAGGAUUUGGAACUUGCCAAGAGCUUAGUAAGGAAGAGUUCGUUCUUUCGUGAAGAAGUGGCUAAGAUGAAGAAAUUCUCGAAUGAGGGAUACGGUUCGGUUACACGAGUUUAUGUGGUUUGUGACAAAGAUUUGAUAAUAACCGAGGAAUUUCAACGAUGGAUGAUUGCAAACAGCGGGGUUAAAAAUGUGGUCGAGAUUAAGGGUGCUGAUCAUAUGCCGAUGUUUUCAAAGCCACAAGAACUAUCCAAUUCUCUUAUGGAGAUUGCCCAGAAGUAUGCUUGAAAUGUCAGUGAGCAACAUUUUAGGCCAGUUGUAAGGAGAAUAGUUUUGGUCACCAUGAGUGUAAUGUUACCACUCCACUUCAACGUGCGUACUGCGUGUUACUCUGAAUUUGCUCAGAGUUUUUACUUGGCCUUUGUAUUUGGAAUUUACAUCAGUUCUAAAAACCUUUAAAACGAAAAAGUUGUGUUGUUGCUAUGCAAUGAUGCUUCAUGAUUCUGAAA